AUGACCGCUGGUCCUGAUGUGUCAGACAAACAGAUGCAAGAGAAUCCACAGUCAUUUCAACAUGCCAUUCUAACUGCACUGCCCGAAGACAGACACCAGCCCAAACCUGUUAUAGUGGUUGGUCCAGCAGGAGUUGGCAGAACCACUGCCUUGGAGAAGCUGAUAGUGGACUGGGCCACGGGCAAACAUCUCCAACACUUUUCCUGUGUCUUCCAUUUCACGUUCAGGGAUCUGAAUACCCAUAAGGGGGCGCUGUCUCUGCAGGCAUUGCUGCUUCAGCGCUACAGUCACCUCUCCCCUGAGUCCCUGGCUCUAGUCUUGCAGAAGCCAAAGUCUCUGCUGUUUGUGUUUGAUGGUCUGCAUCAGUACCAGCACAGCCUGCACCCCCCCACAUCCCUGACCCUCUGCUCUGACCCUCACCAGCCAGCCUCAGUCGCUGUGCUAGUGGCCAGCCUGGUGCAUGGACCUCUGCUGAAGGGGGCAGCCAUACUGCUGACCUCAAGGCCUACCGCAGCCAGUCUUGAGUCUCUAGAUGGCCACCGCGUGGAGCUGUUGGGGUUUCUGAAGGCCCAGAGGAAGGCCUAUUGCGACAAGUUCUUCUCUGAUCCAAGUGUAGCCAGUCGAGCGUUUGAGAACAUAGAAAGGACAAUGGGGUUCUAUGAUUUCUGCGCCUCUCCUAGAUUCUGCUGGACGACGUGUUCCAUUUACAAGUCUCUAAUGGAGGCUGGAGAGAGUCUUCCUGAGACACUAACCCAGGUGUUCGUUUACAUCACCGUCCAGCUUAUUCGGGCACUGACAUUGGACAAGGCCAAUGUUAGAGACCUGGUGACCUCCCUGGGUAGAAUGGCUUCCCAUUGCUGUCUUGGCCCGCAUUCAAACUGCUCCAAAGAAGAAAUUGCCUCCACUGGUGUUCAAAAGUUUCUAACAACUCCAACAUCACUGAAAGAUUUCCUGCACGUGGAUGGUGACCUGGAAUCGCACGACUGCGUUUUCUCCUUCCACACCCAGAUGAUCCAAGAGUUUCUCUUGGCUGCAUCCUUCUACUUAGACGAGUCAGAAGCAGUGAGUGUGGAAGAAAUGUUGGAGAACCAUGAGGGUUGCGUAGAGUUUCUUGACCUUUACCUGGCAGGGCUUUCUGAGCCCUCUCAGAGGAAGCCUCUGGAAUCUGAACUGGGAGAGUUCAACACUGACCACAUCAUGGACUUCAGCAGCUGGUUUAAAAGCACCUCUCGGAAGGCACUGGAGAGCUAUCACAAAGACAGACACCUCCAUUACUUUCAUCUACUCCAUCAACGUCAGAAUGAGAAGCUGGUGAAGGAGAUCAUCACUCCGUCUGCCCGUGGCAUCAGCUAUGGCGUUCUGGGUGUACAGGACUGUGUGUCUCUCAGCUACAUAGUGACAUGUCUGGGGGAGUGGGAUCAACUGAAUCUGUACAGCAGCAAGGAUUUAACUGAGGAGAAAGCUUACCUUUUGGUUCCUGCCAUACGUCUCUCUCAUAAAAUAAUGUGAGUAAUUGAGGAAACAGAAAAUAAAUGCAAUUUGUGGUCUAGUAUUUUGCUGCUAGUAAGUGUGUGACCCAAUCCAGUUUGGUAAACGAUAUGAUAAAGUGACAAUCAAUACCUCUCAUCUGCAACUAGAAAGUAAAACAGAAUCCUACCACUGUGGGACCACAUACAUACAAAUAAUUUCCAAACAAAUUCUCAAACAAAUGAUGUAGCUACUGUAGCGACCCUGGUUUAUAAGCAUGGAUCGCUACACUACUAUUCUACAGCUAUACAUUACUUCUGUCGUAAAAACAAAUGAUCUGUAAUUACUGUUCCUCUCCAGAUAGUGGAAAGAGACAUAUUACAUUGUGAUUUACUGUAUGCGUGGUAUGUAGGUUACAUUGUAUAAAUUAAUUCCAAAACCUUUAUGUAUCAAAAAGUUCACAUUUUGUAAUAUUUCAACAGUUCUUAAAGGGGAAAUCCACUGUUGCUACAUUCAUUUUAGGGCUUAUAAAUUAAUGAUAUAUACCCAUUGAUUCUUGAAAAAUAUAACUUAUAAAUGCCUCAUGGUUUUAGUUCAACUGUCUCACCCCAGCAGAACCUCAAAUAUAAGCUUGUUUUACUCCAAUGUUUGUAAACAAACACUAACCUCAAAACAUGGUUAAAACUAUAAUUUUGAUAUCAUGGAUGGUCAGUCCUUGUAUCCAUAGCUUUGUCUAUGAAUUUGAGUGGUUACAUUUCUCCAGCCCCAUCCCUCAGCUUUUUACCAACAGUGGUGGGGUGACUGCUUUGUUAUUGUUUCAACUGUGGAUUUGCCCUUUAAACCAUCACCAGAGCUGCAUACUCAUGCACAUCUCUCCAUCUGUUUUGUCCACAGCCUGGUUCAGAGCUCUCUCAGUGCUGGGGCGCUCGCUCACCUGGCCUCAGCCCUCAGCCAGGGAAGGACCACAGAGCUGGAUAUGUCCUACAACCCCAUGGGUGACACAGGCUUCAAAGUUCUUUGCACAGGACUUGGGGACUGCAACAUACAAACAUUAAAGUGAGUUCCAUCUCACUUCACAGAAUAUGACAUAUACAGGGUUUGCAUCAUGCCAUUCAAAUGUAAUGCACAAUCUAAUAUUGAUGGCGGUGUUACAGUAAAUUACGAUUUCAAAAUGUUCUCAACUUCAAUAGGUUAUUGAAGACGAGGUCCCAUACUACUCAUACACUGAAUAUGAAGCAUUUAAAAAAUAUGACGCCAUAAACUUAAUUAUAACACUAUUAUAACUUCCUUAUAACAGGCUUAUAUUGGCAUUUGGCCCAUGCUAUUGAAUUACAUAAUAGUCAAGUAUCUUGGUCUGUUUGUUGUAUCUAAAUGGAUGAUGAUUGGUUUCUGUAGACUUCCAGUGUGCGGGUUGACAGAGGCUUGCUGUGGGGACCUGGUGGCAGUCCUGACCUCGGAGAAAUCCCAUCUCCACGUGUUGGAGCUGAGGGGGAAUACAUUCCAUGACCAGGGGCUCAGGAAGCUGAGCCAAGCACUGGGAAGCCCUUACUGCAAACUGCAGGAGCUUCAGUACGUACUCUAGCACAGAUAUUGUAAUGGUAUCAUUUUGGAAGAAGAAUACAUCUAUGAUUGACAGUUCAAAUAUCAUUAUUAGCCUGUAAUUAGUUGACUUUGUUUUGUCCAGGCUACCGAUGUGUGAGUUGACGGGGGGGUCCAUGGAGGCCUUGUCAACUGCACUGUGCGCUGGCCAAUCAGAGUUGAGAAUACUGAACCUGGCCCAGAACACCCUCACCGACCAGGGGGUGGAUUGGCUGGCCAAGGCUCUCCAAUAUCCCUGCUGCCAACUGCAAAGCCUGAUGUAAGGACCAGACAGAUAAUGGAUGCUGUUAUUAUAGUCACAACAGCUCACUCACGUCUCAAGGACAAAUAAAAAACAACACAUUGCUCAGAUAUGGAGAUAUGUGAUAUGUCUCCUGAUUCCCUCUCUGCUCUACCCCUUGCCAGAUUGUUUGAUAAUGAGUUGACGGCUGCGUGUUGUGCUGGUGUGGCUGAGGCCUUGCAGUCAGAUGGCUGUAGGCUGACUGAGCUGGAUCUGUCUGUGAAUGAGUUGGGCCAGGAGGGGGCACUGCAGCUGUGUAAGGCCCUCAGCAAGCCUGGACGCCCACUGGAGAAACUGAGGUACCGCAGUCCGCAGCAUACUUGUUGUGUAUUAUCUGUUGUAGUCUGGGGACCCCCUUGGAAACGAGACCAUUCAUGCCUUUGUAUCAGAACCAAUUAGGGUUUUCUGUUGCAGCUUGGUCCGCUGUGAGUUGACUCCCCUGGUCUUCAAGGAGUUGGGCAUCUUACUGAGCAGUGGGACCUCUGGACUGAGAACACUGUCUGUGGGCCUGAACAAAAUAGGAGACGAAGGAGCCAAACAUCUCUGGGUCGCACUGGGAGACAAACGGUGCAAGCUGGAGCACCUGGAGUAAGUGAAGCCAGACCGGUUUUGCUUUGCUAUGGCUCAGUGUAACACUUGAAUACUCACUUUGUGUGUGUGAUAUCUAUGUCACAUCAAAGAUUGAGGUAUAAACCAAGGCCAAGUCCUUGACAAAACUGAGAUAAUUGUGUGUGUGUUACAGUGUUGAGAUGAUCCAGCUGACGGAUGCCUGUGUUGGAGACCUGAGUGUGGCGGUGAGGGCCAGUGGCUCCCUGAAGAGCCUGGUCCUGAAAAACAACCGUCUGACUGACACCUCAGUCCCAGCCCUGGUCCAAGUCAUGCAGGAUAGCCGCACCAUGCAGGAGAUGAAGUGAGUGAGCCAAGUAGUGGCAGAUUCCACUGAUACAUUGUAGUAGUAUUGUUGGUUUUCUACACAAUAGUAUUCAUGCAUUAGUGUUCAGUGCAAUUUACAUUUUGAUAGUACCACACCAGAGGAGGCUGGUGGGAGGAGCUAUAGGAGGACAGGCUCAUUGUAAUGGCUGGAAUGAAAUAAAUGGAAGAGUCAAACGUGGUUUCCAUAUGUUUGCUGUGUUUGAUAGGUUCCAAAAAAAAUCCAUUCCAGCCAUUACAAUAAGCCCAUCCUCCUAUAGCUCCUUCCACAGCCUCCUCUGUACCACACACAAAAGACGUUUAAGAUGUUUCGUAAUUCCUACUGCUGUUGAGAAAUUUGUGUCAUGUGAAAAGUGUAAGGGUUCUUCUGACAUUUGCCUUCCUGUCUUUCAGUCUGCAGUAUAACGACUUCAGUGAAGACGUGUUUGAGAUGAUGGACCAGUGUGCUAAAAUCAAAUACUAA